AUGUACCAUUGUGAUGUCACAAUGAAGAGAAAGCUCUUGGCAAAGAACCAGGUGUUUCAGUCAUUUACACUCAAGAUCUCGACAGAGCAACAUGACAUCCAGAAUGUUCUUGUUGUUUUUGUUUUCUAUUCUUUUUAUAUCUUUUGUAAAAUCACAGGAUGAAAAGGAAGUCUAUAAACCAGAGCUGAUGGACGUCCAAGGCAUGGUGGACCUCGAAGAUAAAGGCCCUUCUGCCGGAUUUAUAGUGGUUGAAUCUGGGGAAUGUAGUGUCACUUGUGGGAAUGGAGUUAAGAUGGAGAAGCGAUGCUUUGUAGAUACUUCAGGCGAGACCUCUGAUUGCCAGAAAGUAAUGUCGCCCUGUAGCAUUAGCGUACCAUGUCAACUGAUGACAUUUCAGCGUAAGCCUGGAGAUGAAUUUGCCGUAGAUUGUAUGACGGAAGAAGAGGUUAAGGAACAGGGAGAAGUAAAUAUCUAUUGGAAGCAUGCUAAAGGCAUCAUAACCACGGAUGCUAGGGUUUUUCGUCCCUUAAAACUUCGGAGCAGCAUCCUGACGUUUCCUUCCCUCCAAGUGGAAAAUACUGGCACUUACCGUUGUGAUGCACAAAGAAAGGCCGAUGGACUUUUAGCAAAACAAGUUUAUUUUGGCCUCAAGGUGAUUAACCCUGAGGUGUUUGAUUUGGAAUUCAGAAAAUAUGUCAGAAACAAGAAGUUUCUAGAGGAUGUUCCAGCAUUAGAGACAGAAGACACUGAGAAGGUCUCCCCCCAGCCAGUAAAUAAACUGCUCAUUAUUGUUGCCACUGGCAUUGGCACAGGACUUCUGGUGGGCAUUGUUAUCUGGCUGUUAUUGCUGUUCUUGUGUAGAGCCAAACCCCAGCAGCCUGACUUAGUUUAAAUACAAUUAUU